AUGUUCACAAAGGCUUUCUCCGCUGCCGCCAUGGCUCUGGCCUGUGCUGGCAUGGUCUCUGCUCAGACCUUCACAGACUGCAACCCAUUGAAGAAGACCUGUCCUCCUAACCCUGCUUUUGGUGACAAGAAGGUCGAGUGCGACUUCGCCAAGGGUGAAUGCGACGCUUUCCACAGCAUGAUUGGAACCAACCUCAAAUACAGCGAGCAAGGAGCUCUUUUCACCAUUAACAAGGAGACUGACGCUCCCACAAUUCGAUCUAACAACUACCUUUUCUUUGGUCGUGUCGAUAUCGUCAUGGAGGCGGCCAAGGGUCAAGGUAUUGUCACCAGUGUUGUCCUUCAGUCUGAUGACCUUGACGAGAUCGAUUUUGAGAUGGUUGGGGGUGACGAUGCCCAGGUCCAGACCAACUACUUCAGCAAGGGGGACACCACCACUUACGACCGUGCUAUCUACCACCCUGUUUCUGCUCCUCUUUCAACUACUCACAAAUACUCUGUCGAAUGGACAUCAACAAAGGUUGACUGGCUUAUUGACGAUGUCGUUGUCCGUACUUUGAACGCUGCCGAUGCCACCCGUCCCGGCUACGAGAUGCCUCAAACACCAAUGCAACUGAAGAUUGGUACAUGGGUUGCCGGUGGAAAGAACAGCAACGAAGGCACACGGGAAUGGGCAGGAGGCUACACCAACUUCAAGGAGGCGCCUUUCAAUGCCUACUACAGGAGCAUCACCAUCAUCGACUACGCCGGAAAGGACGCCCCUGGACUAGCCAAGGGUGCCAAGGAGUACGUCUGGAGCGACAAGUCUGGUAGCUAUACUAGCAUCAAGGUCAAGAACACCCUUUCCGGCAACGACGAGGAAGAGACGACCACCAGCAGCACCGUCUCUAAGGUCUCCAAGACUACUAAGACUGCCGAGCCCACCAAGACCAAGACCCACGAGGCUACCACCACCUCUAAGGCCGAGGAGACCACCAGUGUCGCUGAGAGCAAGACCAAGUCUGCCGAAAAGGAGUCCAAGACCGAAUCUGCCAAGGAAUCCAAGACUGAGUCUGCUAAGGAAUCCAAGACUGAGUCUGUCAAGGAGACCAAGACCACUGAGGUUGCUACUACCUUCUCUACGGCUGCUGCCAGCACAAAGGCCGAAGCUGCUGCUACGGCUACUGAGGGUUCCGGAUCCAGCUCUGGAUCUGGCUCCAGUGCUGACUCUGGCGCCGGUGCUGCCACAGCUACAGGCCCGGCCACAGUCACCGACCUUCCCAGCGGUACUACACCAGUUCCCGUCAACUCUGGCUCUCGCAUGGCUGGCAACGUUGUUGCCGCCGUUGCUGGCCUCAUGCUCGCCCAGAUCCUGAUCUAA